AACACAACAUACCUUACCAAUGCAAUAGUUCUCUUCUUUUCUGCUUCCUAUACGCAAGAUAACUCUACCGCUAACCAUUUCGUACAUGGAGCCCUAGCCAUGGGUAACCGUUCCCCCAGGUUCCACUUUCUGAAGGCGACAGAUGCUGUUGAGAUCAAACCAGAGCAUUGAGAUUGCCGAAGAUCAACUGAAGGCAUAAGUAUAGGGAUCCAUAGGAACUGCUCUCAUUGAUUACAUGAACAGAUAUAUUCAACCCAUUUUAUACUUAUCAUUGUCGUCGGUAAAGUGCUGUACUAUCCCCAAAGUCACGGCUAAGUGCGGGGAUAGCAUGACGUUGGGGCCGACGCCAACCGAGUCCCUCCGCAUUUCCCCAGAAUCAUAAGAAAUCAACACCUGUCGGUCCCUGGAUCUGAAAAGGGUACUGUGAUUCUUCCCUUCAUCUCAAUCAAUGUGCUUCUGCUACAUUGCAAAAUUUCAAUCAUGUCGUUAAAUCUUCUGGCCCGGUUACCGCGGCCGGCGCGCAGCCAGCGGACUCUCCUCCCUUCCGUCAAGCGAUGGGGCAGUUCCAUCUCCCAGCGGCCAGGAUCGGAUAGGGUCCGCUUUCCCGGCGCCGUCAACAGCAAAUUCACCACGCAGAUGGCCUUUAUCAACCCUGCCGAGACGUCGAGUAUCCCUACCUACCGAGUGAUGAACUCCGACGGAGUGAUGCUGGAGAAAGACCGGAAAUCACUUAAUGUCUCAAAUGAGGAGAUAUUGACCUGGUACAAGAACAUGCUUACUGUGAGCGUGAUGGACCUGAUCAUGUUCGAGGCCCAGAGGCAAGGGCGUCUCAGCUUCUAUAUGGUUUCCGCAGGAGAAGAGGGCAUCAGCGUAGGCUCCGCAGCCGCCCUGACACCUGACGACGUCGUCUUCGCCCAGUACCGCGAAGCAGGCGUCUUCCAACAACGCGGCUUCACCCUCAAGGACUUCAUGGGCCAACUCUUCGCCAACCGUAACGACAACGGCAGAGGCCGCAACAUGCCCGUUCACUACGGCUCCAACUACCCCCGCACAAUCCCCCAAGCCUCCGGCGCCGCCUACGCCCUCAAACUCCAGGCCCUCCAAAACCCCGACACCCCGCCCCGCAUCGUCGCCUGCUACUUCGGCGAGGGCGCCGCAAGCGAAGGCGACUUCCACGCCGGCCUGAACAUCGCCGCCACACGAUCCUGCCCCGUAGUCUUCAUCUGCCGCAACAACGGCUACGCCAUCUCGACCCCGACGCUGGAGCAAUACCGCGGCGACGGUAUCGCCAGCCGCGGCGUGGGCUACGGCAUCGACACGAUCCGCGUCGACGGGAAUGACAUCUUCGCCGUGUACGAGGCGAUGCGGGAAGCGCGCCGUAUCGCGCUCACGGACGGCGGUCGGCCGGUCCUUAUCGAGGCGAUGAGCUACCGUGUCUCGCACCACAGUACCAGCGACGAUAGCUUCGCGUACCGGGCGCGGGUGGAGGUCGAGGACUGGAAACGCCGGGACAAUCCGAUUAUUCGACUGCGGAAAUGGUUGGAGAAUGAAGGGCUGUGGAAUGAGGAUCUGGAGCAGGAGACGCGCGAUCAGCUGCGCAAGGCUGUUCUGAAAGAAUUUGGGGAUGCGGAGCGUGAGAAGAAGCCUCCCAUUCGGGCGGCAUUCGAGGACGUGUAUGACGAGUUGACGGAGGAGGCGCAGGAGCAGAUGAAGGAGCUCAAGCGCAUUCUUGAGACGUACCCCGACGAGUACGACCUCCGUCAAUAUGAAGAUGGUAUUAAAGGAUUGUAGAAAGCUUGGACUGGUGGCAUAUUGUUCCCUUGACAUAUAGAUCUGUGAUACCCGCACUGGGUAAUAUGACUGAUGAACAUGAUACAAGU